CUUUCAUUCAACGUUUCCUGUGUCCUUUCCUUCAGGCAGAAGCCCACUCGCAGCGGGAUCUGUUGAAGAUCUGUCCAAGAUCAGUCGUGCAAGGCUCCACGGGAGGCAUACAAUGAUCAUGCUUCUUUUGCCGCUCUCCCUCGCUGUCAGCAGCGCGUCAGCCUCCCGUCUACGGCAUCAGGCCCUCCAGCCCGCAUUCGUCCCUCCUCCGCUGUCCUUCAGCAGCCGCUCUGCAUCAUUCCCUCACCCCCUCCGUCGCCCUUGCACAUCCCUCUUCGGCCUUCUGGACGGGCUGCAGCCCACUGACAACGUCAGCCAGCUCAGCGAUGAGGUGCUCUCGGGCGCCCAGCUGUCACCCGAGAGCGUCAAGAAGGUGUGUGCCUUCUGAAGCAAUCAGUCCAGAGUGUGACACCUACGGCCAUGUGUCUGUCUAUGUGUGUGUGUGUGUGUGUGUUCGUCGGUGUUGCCUGCAGUUGCUUGCCAAUGGCGUCAAGAGCGUGCUCAACGUGAGGGCCGCCAUCGAGCCCGGCUACAGGGACGACAGCGAGCUGUGUGAAGGCGAGAACUGCGGCUACUUCCACUCAGCAGUGACGCCAUUUGACUGGUCAAGGGCCAAAGUGGACGGCAUCCUGGCGACCGUGGAGGCCGCGCCCAAGCCGAUCUUCAUCCACUGUGCCGCCAACAUCCGUUCGGCGGCAGUGGCGGUGCUGCAUGAGGUCAAGAGUGGGAGGCUCAGCGAGGGCGACGCUGUGAGCAAGGCCAAGAUGAUCAACGACAGGGCGGGCGGCCUGGUGGAGAGAUACCUCAAGGGAUAGCUGUAUGAGGGGGGGUCGGUGAUGGGAUCGCUGAGAGCCUGUAGGCUGUGACGUGAGGCUCUUCUUGUGUGGCGCCGUCCCCGUGGGUGCGUUCGUGCUCAGGUGUCAGAGCUUCGCACAUGUGCAUGUAUGCUGCUGCCUCAUUUCAGAAGCCGACAGGCAGUCGUGUGUGUUUCCGUGAGGGAGCACGCGGUGGCCGUGGGACCGUUUUCUGAUUUGCGUGUGAGGCCUUUCUGGCUCUGUGCUGCUGGCAGAUAGUGCCUUGGUAGAGACAACGCGACUUACUGUCAGCAAAAGGAUGAAACUCAUUCAUUGAAUGAAGUCGUAUCAAGUCGGAUGAAUGCAUGCAGUCAACACAUCUGGC